GUGAAAGCCUUGAUAAAUACAAAUCAAACAAAGACAGUGAAACUCUGUAAACUGCAAAAUAUUUUUUAAUCAAAAGGAGGCAGGUGGGACAAAUGCAUUCAUAAACAAUGCUUAAAAAACUCAAUUUUGACUCAAAUAGUUGUCCUUUUAUGUGCCUUAUCUCCUUUGAGGGGUAGAAACAUGCUCCCACCGUGUUAGCUUUUGUUUCUCAUGUGAUAGCUAUAAUUGCAACAGUAACAGGAUCACAGGAUAUUCCGAUCACGUUUUCUCAGUGAGCGGUGAUGGAUUGAUAACCCUGCAUACCAGCGAGAUUCUUAGGUUCAAAAUGUGUAUCCUGUUGUUUCGUAGUGAGACAGCGCGGUACAGUUGUUAGACCACCAACGGCACUACUUGACUUUUUGACUUUUAUUCUUUCUUGUAGGUUCUUCUAGGGAGAAACAAGUGCAUAACUGUUUAAGGUGAAGUAUCCAUGGGCGAGCUCCAGGAUCCCUUCCUCGUCAGUGUCCAUCUCAUCGCCGACCCUGGCCAGGGCAAGUUCUUGCAGCGAGCUGCCGAUGCCGUGCUUGCAUGGGUUCACCCAGAGCUGCAGCUCUUCAGAGUCUCGGAGCGAGCGUCUGUUUCCCACCGGCCCCGGCCCAAGAACCACCAAAAUGGCAGCCUGGGAACAACCUGCCAGCCAGCAAUGGCUGUCAUCGUCUUCCUCCAGGAGGCAUACGGUGGCGAGGAGCAGAUACUAAUGUUGCACCGUGCUCUGCAGAGGCCGCCAUGGAGAUACCACCACACUGAGAAAGUCAGCAAUGGUCGGCGGAUGCUUCCACUGUCACCAUGCAGUCAGGACUUUUUCACUCUGUCUCCUGGAACACCACUGUGGGCCGUGCGACAGGUGCAUUACGGGAAAGAGAUAGUGCGAUUUACUGUUUAUUGCCGACAUGAAAAUUAUGCCGACAUGGUGCGGCUGUACAAGCUGCUGCUUCACCGCAGGUUAUCGCAGAAGAAGGAGGACUUCUGUUUCUUUGUGGUGUACUCCAACCCAGAUAUGGAGAUUCAGUUAUCCUUUAAGAGGCUCCCACGAGGUCAGACUCCGCUGGUGCUGGAGUCGGCAGUGAUGGAGGUGAGGGUACGGGACGUUGGAGUGCUGGUGCCCCUGCUGCCACAUACCUGCAGCCCAAUCAGUGAGGUCCGCUGGCAGACGGAGGACUAUGAAGGAAAUAAGAUCCUCCUGCAGGUGCAAAGCUCAGGUCCCCACUUCAAACGCAGACACGACCCUGGCAACGAAACAGCUUCGGCGCCAUCCACCAUCACCCGCACUGGCUCCUCUUACAGGAACCGCAGGCAUCAUCAGCGAGUGAUGCCUCAUCCUCAGGUCCACCACCAAACCUCCCACAGCUCCCUCCCACUGGCCUGUGAGGAGCCAGAGGAGCAGGAGCCGUGGCCUGACCGGCAACAUCCGGACAGCUGGGGGACUCAGUGGAGGGGCCAGCAGCAGUCCGGCUCCCUCUUCUCUAUACCCAACCUUGGAUCAGCCAGCUCCCACUCCACCUGCUCCUCUUCCGGCCCUUCUUCCAGCCCGCACCACAGGAGCCACUCCCACCGCAGAAACUCUUCCCUCAUCCCGCCCUUCAGACUCAAUGUGGAGUCUCUGAUUGGAGCAGAGGAGACAGAUGUGGACACUGGGAACACAGUAACCCCAGGCAACAGUGUGGACUUAACUGUGGUGUCUGCGUACAUCAAAUCAAACACGCCACAGACUAGCAGGCCGUCAUCGGCACCACCUGAAGACAUCGCACCCUCCCUUUGCUCUGGAGUCCCAGAGAACACCUACAAGGCAGCCACACUGGGGCGGACUCCACAAAGCUUCUCCAUCAACUACACCCCGUGCACAUAUCUCCAAAGCACCAGUGUGUCCAUAAGUGCUGCUCCGUCUCUGAGCGACGUGUCCAUAAACCAGUUUGACAGUUGCAGCAUUAUUAGUGCACCCAUUGAAGAGGCAGAUGAUAAGGCAGAGGAAGAAGACCAGGAAUUCUACAUUUGAGCUACAGCUAUAAUCUGAGAUGACUCACUCUCACCAUGAAUGACAGGAGUCAGGGCUGAGACACUUGGAACAGCUCAACUCUGCCCACUGGUGUUUGAGAGUAGAACUACAGUGAUAGUGAGCGUAAAUACCAGUAAAAAAAAAAAACUGUAUAUAAUGUUCUCAUGUAUUCAUGACUGGUGGGUUUUUUUUCACGUUGAGAUUUAAUCUGUGUAAAUAUUAGGUUAAGAUGAAGUUACUCAUAUAAAGGACCAAUCAAUAACUGUGUAUAGAUACACUUAAAUAAAUAAAAUCGUUUCACUUUCAAGUCUGCUCCUUGUACUGCUACUUUAAAGGAACAUACCAACCCUUGAGGAAAAAUAAGUGCAAUUUCAACAAUAUUAUGCAAAAGUUUACCAUUUACAUGUGCAACAACUUACAGAUCAUAAUGAAGCUACAAAGGCACAACAUAUUUAGUCACAGAUAUCUGAAAUUGACAAAUACAGUUUUUCACAUUAUGAGCAGACUGUAAUUAUAAUGUGAAAUUUUAACAAAUUCAUCCUGCAGGGCCAAUUGGACCCUUGGGUGGUCCGGUUCUGGCCUGUGGGCCCUAUGUUUGACACUCCUGCUCUAAACAAGUAGGGAGACUUCUAUGGCUGACUUGGGUACCUUUGUGCUCACACUGCACAGAUUUGUAUAUGCAUAUUCAGGCUUUACAAAAUGUGUUUUUUGAUAUAAAGUAGCAAUAAUUCUACAAAAAUCACAAAAUAGCCCGUUUUUCUUUUCUUUUUGUUCAUAACAACGAGCCAAGUGAACUUUGAACUGUGACAUAUUUCCAAAUUUCACAAAUUCAAUACGGUUUUAAACAUGUUGAGUACUUUGUGCUCAAGUGUGUUUAUAUGGUUGGUGAAAAUGAAAGAACAUUUUCAUCAGAGUGCCUAGGUUGUGAUGAAAAAAAGGAUAUAGGACUCUAUUGCACAUUCUUAUAAAUAAGGGUUAAGGGUUAACUUACAUUGUUAUGUAUGUACUUAUAUUAUUCAUAGAGUCUGUGGGAGCUUCUGAAAGCAGCUCAGAUCUUUUCCUACAACUACAAACUGACUAAAAAAUGAUUUUGGUCCCUGUCAGUCAGCUGAUACAUCAGUGUGGCAGCUAUCUGGAAACAGAUACUUGUGUAAAUGGGUUAAAUAGAUGAUUGACAAAGGCUGACCUGAAGCACAUGCCUUUAAGAUGUGUACAUUAUAUCCAUGGUAUAUAAAGACCAUGUUGUGCAGUGUAUGUAUGCAGUGGUUAAGUGCCUGCAGGUGGGAACAGGGAGGACCUUCACCAACUGAGCUCACGUUGUUACCACCCAUUAGCCUGAAGUGUAGAUGUCUG